AAAAUUAUCCUUCCCUAUUUCUCACUCCUUUUUUUUGCAUACCCCUCUCUUAACCCUUUUAUAAGAGACGUCCUUUAAUAGGUGUCAGUUCUUUCCCAGCUCAUGUCCAUCGUUAUCCAUUGUUCCCAUCAAGAAAAAAAAGGAGGGGGUGUCCGAGAGGAAACUGAAUUUGUAGACGACAAGCCAAGAGAAGAAUGUGGUGUUUUUGCUGUUUCUGCUCCAGAGAUUAACGUUUCCAAGACUGCUUUUUUUGCCCUUUUUUCUUUGCAGCACAGAGGGCAAGACGGGGCUGGCAUUGCGACUUCAGAUGGGAAAAACAUACACUCCCACAAAGAUAUUGGACUUGUAUCACAUAUAUUUAAUAAAUCUGUGCUUAAGAAAUUACCUGGGAGUCUUGCGAUAGGACAUACGCGAUAUUCUACAACGGGGGCUCUUGUAUUGCAAAAUGCUCAGCCAUUUGUAAUUGAAACCGUACAUGGUCCAGUUGCACUUGCUCACAAUGGACAGCUGUCUCGCGGCCAAAUGCUACGUCGAGAGCUCAUGGCCCGUGGUAUAGGAAUGUUCACAACAAGUGAUAGUGAAUGCAUUAUACAAUUAAUUGCAGAAAAGCCUGAUCUAGAGGAGGCAGGAGAACCUAAUUGGAUUGCUCGAAUCCAGAGUUUUAUGGAUAAAGUUGAAGGAUCGUAUUCAUGCGUCAUGUUAACAACCCACUCCGUUUUUGCUUGGAGGGAUAGGCACGGUAUUCGCCCUCUUUGCUUGGGGAAGCUCAGCUAUUCUGUUUCUCAAUCACAAGAAUCGAAAAAUCAACACUCCCUUCCGUUCAAUCACGCUCAUAAUAACUCUACUUCUGCAGAUACAAAUCAUACGCUCAAAACAGACCAAGUCUCAGGUUUUGAUUCAUGCACUAAUGAAAGGUUUGGAUGGGUGGUAUCAAGUGAAUCGUGCGCACUCAAUACAAUACAUGCCCAAUUCAUACGCGAUAUUCUCCCAGGUGAGAUUAUUCAAAUUGAUCGAGAUCGCCUCAUCAGUACUCAUUCGAAGUCCCCUCCACUACGUUUUUCACCAUGCGUGUUUGAAUACGUUUAUUUCGCCCGCCCAGACUCAAUCAUGAAUGGCCGUCUAAUAUACUCGGUUCGUCAUAACUUAGGCAGACAAUUAGCAAUUGAAGGACCUGUUCCUUCUAACGCCGAUAUUGUGAUCGGUAUACCUGAUUCGUCUACCCCUAUAGCUAUCGGAUACGCCCAACAAUCCGGUAUCGCUUAUAUGGAGGGGCUUAUAAAAAACCGAUACAUUGCACGCACAUUUAUACAACCAGAUCCCAACAUGCGCGUAGCAAGUGUAUCACUCAAAUAUAACCCAUUGGCAGCUAAUCUGAAAGGUAAAGCUGUCAUUCUCGUGGACGACUCCAUCGUGCGUGGAACAACGUGUCAACAAAUUGUGCAAUUAGUGCGCAGCGCGGGCGCAAGGGAAGUUCAUGUCCGUGUCGCGAGUCCGCCUAUCAAAUACCCGUGUUACAUGGGUGUUGACAUGAAGACUAAAAAUGAGCUCAUUGCCUCUAAAUACAGUAUUCCUGAAAUUAUCAAACAUCUUCGUGUUGAUUCACUGGGAUAUUUGUCACAAGAAGGAAUGGAGCAUGCCAUAUUAAACUCUGUAACUGAAAAACAAGAACAGUACAAAACCUUCGACGGCCACUUUUGCAGUGCCUGUUUCACAGGCGAGUACCCAGUUGAGGUAGAACCGUGGUAAAGAUUAAAAAAACAUCUGCGAUAAAACACUCUAGUCUACACUUGAAUCAUGUGUUAAAAAAUCAAUCAACUUAUCAAACGUGUGUAUAGCUUGACUGUAAUGUUCAAAUCAGAUUUUAAA